AUGUGGUGCGAUAAUUGUUUAUUAAUAUUUCCGAUACGAGCCGGAGCCAUAGCUCUUGCUUUGAUAAUGGCGUUGUAUCAAAUUGGAGGUGGCAUUUUUUUAUUUAAAUAUGGAGAUUUUUACUUUACAAAUAUUCCAGAAGCGUCAAUGUAUGGUGGUUACGCAAUGGCACAAGGUUCCUUAGCAUUAAUGGCAAUGAUUGGGUUUUCGUCUCGAUCAUUCGUUAUUUCUAGAUUUCUCCUCUUUGUAUAUCCUUUGAUAAUAUUAUUAGGAGCGGUCAGAGCAGGUGUAAUGACAUGGGAAUUGAAUCAUUAUGAAGAUAGGAUUAUAUGGACAUGUAAUAAUGGAGGAGUGAAAUGGGCUGACGCAAAUAAUCCAAAUUAUAAAGCUCCUCCUGCCUUAUAUGAUAAUCCAAGGUUACCAAAUGGAUUUUGUAAAAUUGGUGUUAAAACCUUGGCUAAUACUUUUGCUUUCAGUUUUGUAAUUGAUUUUAUAUUAAUGUGCUACUUUUGUUUCCUAAUUUGGCGGUUUAAUGUUAAAUUGCAUCAUUAUCCAUUCCAAAAGGGUGAAUACGUGUACCCUCAGUGA